AUGUUAGUAUACAUAUCAAGACCAUCUGGCCGCUGCAGUACGAUAAUCUCAAGCAUGUCUCUGAAACGAGAAUCAGAAGAAAGUGAUCAUCCUGUGGUUAUACAGAAGGAGGUCCAACGAUUUUGUUUUGUCAAAAUUUUGCCAAAACAUGGUGUGGAUGCCGAGUCCCUAGGUCAAGAAGCAGUCAGGCUUUUUGAGGAAAAGGACCUCCCACUUCUUCAGAUAUCUGAAACCAUAAGAGAAAGAGUACUAAAUGAUCGUGAAGAUGCGGUUUCCAGAUUGCAGCAUCUGAAAAGAAAGAACCUUAACAGACUCAAAGAAAGAAUUGGCAGGAAAAAGGAUUCAUUGAUUCAAUUGUUCAUGGCACUGGACAAUAUGUCCUUUCCAAAGUGCUCAUCGGAAGAGAAGCUUGAAAAGCACAAGUUGAAUUUCCGGAUGCAGCACAAGACCAAAAAUUUGGCCCAAGAAAAGCAAUUGUUCAUCAGAGACAUAAAUUUGAGCCAGGAAAGGAAUAAUGCUUCAAUCUCACCUGUACCGGAGCUUCAAUUCAUUCUGUCCGAAUAUUGUCAUCAUCACGACAACCGGAAGAAGUGUGACAAACGACUUGAAGAAAUCAAACAAUUUGAAGUGACAAGGACAAUCUCAAAAGGCUUAAGGGAAACAGUGAAAAACCAAAUCAAGGUCGUAUGUGAUGAGCUAAUGGAGAUGAGAAAGAAAAAGAAGGGACUUGAGGCGAGAAUCAAAGUUGCAGAGAAAGAAUUAGACGCCAUUAAUGAAGAAAUUUGGUCAUUUCAGAAUCACUUGAAAGACAAACACCACAGAAAAGAGGCUUCUCUGUUCUUUCUUAAGACGACGGAAAUUGAUAAUGGUUGGGUCCUCAAAUAUGGCAGCCUGGACAAUAAUUCAAUUCACUUCAAUACAAUCUUUGCAGAAAAUGUCAAUGGAGAUAUUAAAAUUCUUUUCUCUGUUGGGUUUCCCUAUUGAAAUAUAAUAAGUCCAUGUAUGAUUCUUAAAUUAAUAUUAUUAUUUGUGUAUGAUAUUUACAAA